AUGUCUUCUAUGUCAGCAAUGGAGACCAGCCGUAUGGGCGCUGUUGAGCAGGUUACCAUGAACAUGGAAGACCUGCUUAGGCUAAUUCCCAUGGAUUGGGCGGAGGAGAUGGAGAUGGAGAUGGAGGUGGAGAUGGAGAUGGAGGAGGAGGGGAGUGAGAGGGAAGAGCUGCCACGGGCAGAUAACUUCGAUUGGGCGGAGGAUGUCCAGGAGGAAGUGAGCGAGAGCUCCAAGCGGAUCGAGAUCGUGGACGACAGAAUAAUCGAUUCGUCGUCGGACUCUGGCAGCUUCGGAAGCGCCUUCGACAGUGACAGCGACAGCGACAACGGGAACCUUUUCGAACCCAGCGAGACACAGGCAAUGAUCAACAGCAUGCAGGAAGAUGUCAGGCGCGAAUUUUCAUUCCGCGACUACUGCAUGAAAGCAGACGAAGACGAGACCGUCCACCAUUUCAAUUGGAUGGGAUGUCCAGUUUACGAAUACAACUGGACACCUGCAGUGAUCUCCUUGCUGUUCCUGAUGUCGAGCCCGAAGAUCCCACGACUAGGCGACGAAUACCGCCUACGAUCAAUCAUGACAAGGGCCAUGGUUUGGGUGGACCCAGUCAUUGUCCACCUCGAAGACGGAUGGAAGGACCUUCAUCGGCGAGGUCUUGACCUUGUCCGUUUUGCGACUGGCCGGGUGUUCAAAUUCUACUCGCCGCACGGCACCUGGGUCAACGACGAGAGGGAAAUCAGCGAAGAGACGGCGUUGGAUGAUGGUGACAUCCAGACAUAUCUUGCGUCUGGGAUGGCUCAGGGCAACGGGUUCGUCAAGCUCUGCACCAUCAGGUCAAGGGAUCAGUGGGAGGAAACGAGGGACGAGUUGAUGGAGACGUCCCGUGCCAUCACAAAGCGUGUACUGCGUCAGAAGAUCCAGUACGACGUGUUUGCGCCUUCGCCCCUUCGACAGUCGAUGGCUGCAGAGGAGCUAGAAGAGGAAAACGAGGCCAAAGAGCCUAUUUCCGAGCCCUCUAGAAAGAGGUCCAUCGAAGAGAUCGCCUGUCCGUCUAGGGUGCCUCUCAAGAGACGUCGCGCCAUCCACAAUCUUCGUGUGGAAGCUGACCUCGACGCCAUUACGAUGGUCGAGGAAAAUGACUACGAUGGAGACUCCGAGGAAGAUGAAGAUGAGGAGGAGUUUUACGAGGAAAACGGAGACUCCGAGGAGGAUGGGAAUGAGGAUUACUUCGUCGCAAGAUUCGGUUCUCGGCCGGUUCUACCGACCUGGCGUCUGCAGCACACCAAGCACGGCAACAAGGGUCCAAGGUUGCAAAGGGGCACUCGCCAACCAUUUAAGACUGCCUUGGAACCGAUCUCCGAGGAAGAAGAGGAGACAACCACCACUAUCUCAUUGGAAUCACACGUGGGCACCAAGAGAUCAGCUAGUGGAUCGGAGGAGUGGAAGCCGAAGGGGAACAAAGCAGCGGGUGUCAAGCGCUGGCGGCGGGUUGCACGCAAAGCUCGCCGUGCGUUGGGAUUUGGAGGAAAGGGGUCUUUGUCUUCUGGAUCCUCGGUCUACACCAAUGAUUCGAAGUUUUCCAACGAGUACAUUGCGGUUGAGGAGGAGUCAAGUGUUGUAGUUGCGGAGGAGCCGUCUUCACCGAGGCGAUCUUUUGCAACAAAGGUUUCUUUAAAAAAGGAGUCAAUCUCCAAGAAGAUCAAGGGAGGAAUGAAUCGGUUGUCGAAGGGAUCUGGGGAACAAAAGGAGAAGGAGAAGGAGAAGGAGAAGGGGUAUUUCAGGGAAAUGUUGAAGGAGGGAUUGAUCAUGGGGUUAUCGGGGAUGGGACCAUACCCAUUUGCUAUCUUUUGA